CAGCGUGUGCGCUCACACAAGUUUGGCCUUCCUGAGUUGCCUUACUAGUAGCAGUAGGCGUCUGUCCCGCGUUGCCUGAUCCAGGAUACUCACAAUAUUUUUGCCGCGGUAAAUUGCCUACUGUGUAUGCAUCGGUCGGGUCCUGCAGGUCUCUCGGGCCUGUGCCAAGUCACCGAUCAUCUUUAUCUCAGUAAUGGCAGAGCCGCCGGUGAUCCCGCGCAGGUGACUCGGUAUGAGAUCAGCUGCAUCGUCAACGUUACCGAGACCGCGAGCAGCCGCCCUCCUCCUACUCCCGGGCUCGAGUACAUCCACAUCCCGGUCUCGGACUCCCCGCUGUCUCCUCUCAGCGGUCACUUUGACGAGGUGGCGGAUCAAAUACAGCACACUGCAGAGCGCGGAGGGCGCACCUUGGUGCACUGCAACGCCGGCGUGAGCCGCUCCGCCGCCCUGUGCAUGGCCUAUCUGAUGAAGCACCGGGGUGUGACACUCCUGGACGCCCACAGGUGGGUGAAGGCCUCUCGGCCCGUGGUGAGGCCGAACAGUGGCUUCUGGAAGCAGCUCAUCCGGUAUGAGAUGGAGCUUCGUGGGUGCAACUCUGUCCGAAUGGUCUCCUCCCCCAUUGGAGAGAUACCAGACAUAUAUGAAGAGGAGGCCAGAAAUAUGGUGCCACUAUGAGCACCUUACCUUGCUGCAAUACUUUAUGUGUGGGGCAGUGGGACAUGGAUUCGCAGUGAUGAAAUGUACUGUGUCGCCUAUGUGCGGUGGCAGUAACCAAAAAUGAUGUUUAUUCAUGGAAAGAGACAUAAAGAAUGUUCCUUCUUGACCUAU